GUUAUGAUUGUCAGAUUCGCCCGUGCCCUGCAACAAUCGCAAAAGGUGUUGCAGUCAUCAACAAAACAUUUGCAAAAUGUCCGGCUAUUCAGUGUUUCUAGUCUAUUGAAUGCAGAACGCCGUUAUACCGAAAAACAUGAAUGGGUUUCAGUUGAUGGUACCUCUGCCUCCGUUGGCAUUUCCAAAUAUGCCCAAGAAGCCUUGGGUGAUGUUGUCUUUGCCCAAUUGCCAGAACCUGGUACCGUUUUCAAACAGGGCGAUGAAUGUGGUGCCUUGGAGAGUGUUAAGGCUGCCAGUGAAGUAUAUUGUCCCGUCAGUGGUGAAGUAACCGAAAAGAAUGCCAAAGUUGAAGAUACACCCGGUCUGAUCAAUACUCACACCUAUACAGAUGGUUGGCUUUUCAAAAUCAAACUCUCAAAUCCCGCUGAAUUGGAUAAACUCAUGUCGGAGGAGCAAUACAAUAAAUAUCUUGAAGAAUCCGAACAUUAG